CAUCCCAUGUUCCUUUUCUCCAUAGGUCACUUUACUUCCAAAUUGUUGUGUUCUACACAAUGUCUUUCAGGCUUCAGAAGUGCAAUGCAUGAAAAAAUGAAACAUUUAUACGGACAGCCGCAGUGUCUCUUCACGAUGAAUACCGUACACUGAUGCCUGUCAGUAAGUGCGUCGCUAACCUCUUCGGAAGGAAGGACUCUCCGCGUCCUACGACCUGGAAGGACUCUCCGCGUCCUACGACCUCGAGUAUUCAAGUCGCCACCAUGUCGGGUGCCCAGGCUUCAGCUGUCUCGGGCAUCCAGGCCGCUCAUGUUACGUAUCCGCAGCCCCUAGAGGAGCUCUGGCAUGUGAAGAAGGCGCUGCUGCAGCAUGGCGGCCUGCUGCUGGACCAAGUCCUACUCGAAGACUUGCUUAGUUCCAUCGACAGAAAGUUGCAGUCGCAGCAAUCAGCCUCACAUCAGACGGUUCGGAAUGACGUGCCAAUUGGUUCGUUGCACCAAACUGCCCCCGAUUGCUUUGGAUUAUCUCAACUGAAUGGGAAGAGCAAAUUUCUAAAUACUGAGCAGAUUGGAAUGGGCGGAGGAAACAUAGUCUCAUCCUUGGCAUUUGAAGAUUUGUGUGAGUUGGGCUCGCCAUCGUUCCAAAAAAGAUUGUCCAGUACACCGAUGUCCAAGAAAUUUGUUGCCUCAGAUUUCGCCGUUCCAUCGAAUCUCGCGAGGAAUUUAAAUGACUCCCUGAGCAUGAGCGAGAUUUCGGGCCCUCAAAGUAGUUUCGCAUCCCCUCUCAAGAGCUCCGCUUGGGACACAGAAUCUAUGAGCUUCAAUAGUCGGGCAAGAUCUUGUUUCACGGUAAAACAAAUCUCGAGCGGAGCCUGUGCUCCCAAUGCAGGAGCUCCUUCAGCGGGAACAUCUUUAAACUCAGCCAAUAGUUUGGCUUCACAGUGUCAUGAUCCAAUACAAGCGGAAGUUUUUCCUGAAGUUCACGCUAACGUUAGACGGGAUUCUGACCAUUAUACUCAAGCGCUCUUGAGUUCGAAAAAUAAUACUAAGCAAACCGAUCCUCUGUCAUCGAACCACCUCAUGGCCGCUACAAUAAAUAAUCCUACCCGUGGAAACCCAGAGUGUCCUCGGUUUGCUCCUUCUACUCCUGCCACGACAUCUGCUGGAGUUAUCGUCGGUGGCGCCAAAUCAAGCGACGCACUAUCCUGCACUGCCCCCUCGACGGCCUCCACCAAACACGUGGCAUUCCUUAGCCCACCGGACAUUUUAUCGUCCGUAGGAGACGUGAGUGAUGAAAGCGAAAGUUUUUCGCGCUGUGAUUCUCAAGCCACCAUCAGUGGCCCUAGUAUUGUGAGCGAGGUGGCCAAGCCGGAACAACACCUCGACAUUCCUGGUACUGUUGAGUACAAAUCUAACCCUGCUGAGGCAAUUGGAGGCGAAGAUGAACGAAAAACGAUGAAGUUCUGCCCAACCCUUGCAAAGAAUGAGCGCGGUACCGUCCCCAAGAUCUUGGUUGGCAAUGAUUUUCUUCGCGAAAUCGAUUUCAGAGGAGCUGAUCCCGCACCAGUUUCUGGAAGAGAAGAAACAUUCCACAGGACUUCUCCUCAGUCAAAGCUCGUCACUGGAUGUCAGACUCUAGUAACUCUACAACGAGCUAGUGCUGAAAAUAUAGAAAAUAUCCACUGUGUGCGUACGGUAGUUGAAAGCUAUCAUAGUCACCACCCUGAAUUUGCCAGUCCUGAGAACACCGCCUGUGUUGACUCUUGGCACACACGUCCAGAAACUGCCGCCUCUCAUCCUGCAGACAAUAGAAAAACCGAAUAUAAAUCCAAAAGAAACAGAAGUCCCGGUAUGGUCCAUGCUAAACCGGACUUGACCACCAACUCUGGAAUGCCAGAGUCCGUGGAAAUUCCCACAAAGAGUCCUGGACAGAACCAUAAUGCAGGUUCUCCGGAUGUUGUGACGAGUGAAGAAUUUGUCGCAAUGGGCAGUGUCCCGGCACCGGGAGCGCCUGAGCCUAACGUCGAGGACCUGUUGGGCGCCCUGCACUACGAGCAAGCGAGGAACAGCUUCCUGCUGGAGAGUUUGGUCCAGAUGCAGCAGCGCUGUGCCAGGGCCGAGCAGCUACAGAGAGCAGCCUCGGCUGAAGCUGCAGAUCUGCAGGUGCAGCUGAAAAGGUUGUUGUCGCUGCACUGCUGCCGGGCGUCUGAGGUGACUGCGCUGCGUGAGCAGGGAAACUUGGAUUCGUCCCUGGCUCGAGAUUCCAUCCACCCCUCCAAUGGCAGCCACUGCCGAAGUUUGGGAUCGAUUCUAAACGAUCGAAGCUACCACAGUAAUUGGAUAUCAGUUCUAUUAAACGAUUAUCCUUGCUCCGGUCGACCUGAUGGGCCUCAGUCGAAUGUUCGGACGGAAAGUUACCCCUUUAACCCUACGACUGAUGGGCCGCAGUCGAAUGUUCGGACGGAAAGUUACCCCUUUUCCCCUAGAACUGAUGAGCCCCAGUCGAAUGUUCAGACGGAAAGUUACCCCUUUUCCCCUAGAACUGAUGAGCCACAGUCGGAUGUUCAGACGGAAAGUUACCCCUUUUCCCCUAGAACUGAUGGGCCCCAGUCGAAUGUUCAGACGGAAAGACCUCCAAUGCUUGAGAAUGCGUUCCAUGAGACCAAUUUUAGAAGUACGGGUGAAAAUGAUGAAGAAUGCUCCGUCACAGUCUAUAGUAUUAGACAUAACAUCUUAAAGACUUCUCGAGGACAAGAUUUCUCUUCACUCUCUGAAGAUGUUGACGGUGUUCGAAAAUUUAAUUUCGAUGCUAACCGCGUCAGUUGUGAGAAUUAUGUUAGUAAUUAUCCAGUGGACCUCACUGGCCUCAGCGUGGCAACAUGUGAUAUCGAUUCCAAUACAGAGACAACCAAAGUAAACGCCUUCGACGUCAAACCCGACGUUGUUGACAGCAACCCUCCACACCUGGAUUCACAAAUUUCUACCCAAGAAGAUAAAUUAGAAACAAAAGAUGAUAGAGAAAUGUUGGAUCCUGCUAUAGACUUAUCGCUCAAUGAUUCAGACUCGGACGGUGACUCGCCAGCUUCCAGUUGCUGUUAUGACUUUAGCCACAACGAUGGCAAUGAAACUGUGCGCGGCAAGAGCGGCCCUGCAGGUUGCACCAAAGAUCGUUUUGACGACAACUAUGACUUUGUAGGCAACAGCGAUCCUGUAGACGACAACAACGAGCCUGUAGACGAUAACAACGAUCCUGUAGACAACAACAAUGACCCUGUAGACGAUAACAACGAUCCUGUAGACCACAACAAUGAACCUGUAGACCGCAACAAUGACCCUGUAGACCACAACAAUGACCCUGUAGACCACUACAAAGAUCUUGUAGACCACAACAAUGAUCCUGUAGACCACUAUAACGAUCCUGUAGACGACAACAAUGAUCCUGUAGACCACUACAACGAUCCUGUAUACUUGGCGCCGACGAACGUCGCAGCGGACGUGGCUAAUCGGUUGACAUUCGAUAUAGAAACUCGCUGUGAAUCGUGCAAACAGAACCACGGCGGCGUCAAAAGUUGCUGCGCAGGUUGCAUCCUGGUGUUGCAUCCAACUGAGAACCCGCGUCACUUUGGCAAAGAAGUGGAUUGGAGUGACCAAGAUAGAGGCCACUCGUCGGAACGUUCUUAUAGGAAUUUAUUUCCUGAAGAAUGCCAAGCGACGGAUGAAAAUGGAUACCAGUCUCUGCCGACCCUCCCCCAAGCAAGGGACCUUUCCCUUGAAGCCCCUCUGGUUAUUGAACAAUUGUGCCAAACACUUCGUCCGUUCAGUGCAGAAUAUAUUUCUUUGAUGGAAUCUAAUAUGAAUUCAGCAAAUAAUUUGAAUGCAGAUAGUUUCAACACCCACGAGACUACACGAGAUUUUAUCAAUAACUGUCCGUCUUCCGAAGACCUUCCUCCUGAGAGUAGAAAUCUUGAUAAUUCAGUUGAGCGUGAACGUGCAUCAACUAAGGAAAUUCCACUGCCGCCAAAUUCCAAGGGCCAUGCGAGUUUCCAGGAAGGUCAGGAGGAUGCACACUUACUGCGGGAUAUCCCUUCCAUCACUGCACCGCAAAGUGUUCUUGACCAGCAGAAUUUAACCGAUCAAAAUGUUGCUCGUGUGUCGCACACAGGAAAUUUUAUCGAAAAUCCUACGUUUGGGUGCCCAGCUUCGGCAACCACGGGCGCACAGCGACAAAGCGUGCGAGGUGACGGGGUGCAUCUUGCAUGGAAGGGACCCAAGACUUCCACGUCUUCCGCCUCUGCUGUCCAGAAAUCUUCAUCCAUUUCGAGAGUUCUCCAAGAACUGGACGAGGAGAAAGAGGCCCUCCUUGAGGAGCUAAAGAAAGUCACAGUCGUCGGUGGUGCGCCGCAGGCCCGCAGACGUCGGCCAAGAACAGCGCGGUCUCGGGCGCCUGAACCUCACUGUUAGAAAAAACGGUGAAAUGGUGUUUCUUUUCACGUGCUGA